CAAAACCGCAGACCUACACCUUGCAUACAAACGAGUUCCACGGAUAUAGGAGAGGGCGCAGUCAUACCCUUCCUCCAGCUCAGCGCAUGCUUGAAUAAAUCGCCUCAAAUGGAGUGAUCGGUGGACCUUUGAAUCAAUCCAGAAUCACAACCCCAAGAUCACCUCUCACUCAUCCAGCUUCAAUUCAUUUCAGUAGCCAGAACUUGAAGAAAAGAGAAAAGAGAGAAAACACAAUGUCCUCAUCCAACGGCCCACAAAGCAGUGGCGAUCCCAGCACAGCAAAAAAGCCCUUCUCCCUUUCACUAGGCAAAGGAGGAGGCGGAGGCAGCGGAACAACAACUCUCAACUUCAAGUCCGCCACUACCAAACCGACUGACUCUUCCUCAGCCGCUCGUUCCCUACCCCUCGCCGCGCGCGGGCGCCGCCCCCCUCGGCAGCUUCACGAUGAUGACGAGGACUCGGAGGAUGAAACCAGCCGCGCCCCCGCCCACGAGGAAGUCACGGGCUUUGACACGGCCACAGGAGCCGCGAUCUCCGCCGCCGACGCCGCCGCGAAACAGCCGCUCGUGAUCCCCGUCGCUAGUAACAAUAAUUGGCGCGACCGGCCAGGCGCGCGGCCGCGUGGGACGAAGAAUCUGUUGCCCAAGGAGGUGCAGGCGCUGCAGGAGGCGCAGCGGCGUGGCGAGGUCGCUGGGGGCGCGGCGAUGGAGACAGAGGGGCCUAGUGUGGUCUACGGGUUGAGCUUUGCGGCAAAGAAUCCGGAGGAGGAUGGAAAGCAGGAUCAAAAUGGCGAUGGAGAUAGGGGGAUGGAGGACGCUGGAGGGGUGGUGGGCGGUGGUGACGAGAAGAAGGAUAUAUCGGAGGAGCAGAAGAAGACGACAAAGCCGAUGACGCAGGAUGAGGUUGCGUUGCAGGCGCUGAUUCGAGAGAGCAAGGGUGAGACAGCGGAAAGGGGUCGGUCGGAUCUGGUGAUCCAGGCUACUGCUCCGGCUUCGGAUGAGCCGCCGCUGCGCUACGAUGAGACGAGCUCGUUCCGGGCGGAUAUCGCCUCGAGGCCGGAGUCGGCGACGCUGGACCAAUAUAAUGCGAUUCCCGUGGAGGAGUUUGGCGCGGCGUUGCUGAGGGGAAUGGGUUGGAAGGAGGGGCAGGCGGUUGGGAAGGGCAAGUAUGGCGGUGCUGCUGCCGCCGCCGCGCAGGGCAACAAGGCGCGGGUCCCGGAGCGCAGACCUGGGUUCUUGGGCAUUGGAGCCAAGGAUGUUUCGGGGGGUAAAGGCGCGGAGGCUGAACUGGGAGCCUGGGGCAAGGCUGCGAUGCGCAAAGGAUCGAGGAAGGCCGGGCAGGAAGGGGGUGCGAAUACGGAGGGUGUCUACAUGCCUGUCAUGAUGCGGAAUACGAAGACGGGCGAGUUCAUCACGGAGGAGGAAUUGUCCUCCCUGAAGAAGGAAGCGAAAAAGAAGGAUGAGGACGAUGAUUGGAAGGCGAGGCGGGAUCGCAACUUGGAGAGGAGCGGGCGCGAUCGAGAUGACCGGCUCAGAGAAAGUGAUCGCGACUCUCGACGACGAGAUUACGAUGGAAGAUCCAGCAACGGGUCGUCGAGGAGAGAUCGGAGUCUGACAGUCGCGAUGAUCGCUAUUACCGAGAGCGAGACAGAGAUCGUGACUCUCGUCGAGAUCGAGAGAGGAAUCGAGACAACAGGGACAGGGACAGUGACAGAGACAAAGACAGAGACAGAGAUAGCGACCGGGACAGAGAGCGCGAAAGAGACGGUGGCAGGAGUCACCGAUCUCGAGACGAUGAUCGCUACAGUUCGAGGCACUCCUCGAAUACUUCCAGCAGGCACCGUGAUCGUGAUCGCGAUCGAGACCGCGAUAGUGACCGCGACUCGCAUCGGAGACGAAGAUAUGACGGCCGGUAGCGUGACUUAG